CAUAAGAAAAUGAGAAGUACUACAGAUGAAGAUGCUGAGGAGAGAAACUUCAGUCUGCAGAAUCAGCUGGUGGGUGUGAAGACUAAAGGAAGGCAAUUUCAAGGAACAGGACUUCAGAAAUCAACCAAAGCAAAAUUGAAAUUUUCUGAGCAAAUAUCUGAAGAAGACACCAUGGGAACAAGAAUUUUCAACAAAGUUAAAUGUGUGAAUUCUGAGCAUAGACAGAAAAACGUAUUAGCUGCCGUGGAAAAGAACAGAGCUUUGGAUGUUGCCAGAUCUUUCAAAUAUGAUAAUCCCUUUUUCACGUUAGUCAUGCAGCGUUCAUAUAUCGGUUCUGGUUGUUACUUGUCAAUGCCAAAAGACUUUGCUGCAAAACAUUUGAAGGAAGAAUGUGUUGUGCAACUUCAGACCUUGGAUGGCAGAACUUGGCCUGCUAAGUUUAAAGUUCCUAAAAUUGGAGAAGGCUGGAGGAAGUUUGUGAAGGAAAAUGGUUUGAAAGUGGGGGAUGUUUGUGUAUUUGAAAUCAUUGAUCUCUCAUUCAAAGUACAUAUUUUUAGAGAUGCUGAAAAAGGAGAUCUGAAAGUUAAUGCUUUUGAAAAGGAGCAGAGCAGCUGUAUGCAAGAUCCACCUCUUGAAAAGGAGAGCUCUUCCAUAUCUGAAAAUCCUCGUUUUGUGGCUUUGAUGACACACACUCACAUAUAUGGCACAUCAUACUUGCAUGUGCCCAUAGAUUUUGCAAAAGCUCAUCUUCAUAACAGGACUAAGAGUGUCACAUUUCAUGUCCAAGAUAAAGAUUGGACUGUUGGGUAUGCAUUCAGAAGUUUUGAUAAACAACAAAUUGCUGCAUUUACUUGGGGAUGGAAGCAAUUUUGUAAGGAUAAUGAUUUGAAAGUAGGUGAUGUUUGUGACUUUGAGCUCACUCAGAAAUCCAAAUUUCAAGUGACAACUUUUCGGGCGACCACUUAACUCUCAGUUCAUUCGAGCGACUAGGUGGAAGCAAGAAGGCAACACUUUGGAAGUUUUGGGUAAGCUGAUAGGUUCUCUUUUGGAUUGGACCUUUUGAGAAGAAACACUUUUACACUAUCCACAGAAGGACUUGUGAUUUAGUGAAUACCAAACCAAAAAGGGUAAUUAGGGAACAAGAUAUGUAUGUUUUGUGAAACUCUUGCAUUAUGAAAAACUUCGGCUCUUGUGUAUUUCAUGAACAGAAAUAAUAUUAUUUAGACCAGUAAUAUUUCAUUU